AUGGAACUGAAUUCAGAUACAUUCGUCAAUGAAUUUCCUGAUUGUUGUGGAUAUGCUCAAUUGAAUGCUACCGAUUUAACCACGCGUUGUUCAAGUUCGCGUUCUUAUUUACAUCCACUCUCAUCGUUACCACCAAAUUUAACUGUUUUAACCUCCACAACGGUCAUCAAACUUGUUAUAGAUCCAAAUAAUAUGAGUGUCACGCAUGUUAUCACCAGUAACAAUGAAUAUAUUAAAGUGAAUAAAGAAUGUAUAAUAUCGGGUGGAGCUUUUGAUAGUCCAAAAUUACUUUUAUUAUCGGGUGUGGGACCCGAACAACACUUAAAAGAAAUGAAUAUUCCUUGUGUACUUCAUUUGGAAGGAGUUGGCUCAAAUCUCAUUGAUCAUCCAGAAAGUGUCCUUAUUUGGGAAUCAAAUUAUCCAAUACCUGAGCCAAUCAUUCAACGAUAUGAAACUGUUUUAUUCGCUAAAACUCAAUCAUAUUCCGUAAAACCAGAUUUAAUGUUUCAUUUUGGUUUGGAACCAUUUGAUAUGCAUACUCAUCCAUAUGGAUAUCCAACAUCAAAACAAGCUUUUUCCAUUACUACUAAUGUUACGAAAGCUAAAAGUACUGGACAUGUUCGACUAAGAUCAAAUAAUUAUUUGGAUCCACCAAAAAUUGAUUUUCAAUAUUUUACCGAUAAAAAGAAACAUGAUGAAACGGUUAUGGUAGCCGGCUUUAAAUUAGCAAGAAAAAUUGUUGAACAAUCACCUCUUCAAAAAUGGGUUAAAACUGAACUGUCACCCGGAUUACAUAUACAAACAGAUGAACAAAUAUCGAAGUAUUGUCGACAAGUGAGUAAUACCGUCUAUCAUCCCGCUGGAACAUGCAAAAUGGGAGAUGUGGAGAAUGAUAAACUAGCUGUUGUUGAUGGACGAUUGAAAGUGAAAGGCAUACAAAAUUUGAGAGUAGCUGAUGCCUCAGUAUUUCCAGACAUGAUCUCGGUCAAUCCCUGUAUGACGUGUAUGAUGAUAGGAGAGAAAUGUGCCGAUAUGAUUAAUCAAGAAAACUAUACCGUAUAG